CUUACUUUCUUUUCCUGUCAAACCAAGAAAAUUCUAUUCUAACCUCAAAUUAUUAAAGUUUUGUUUUUGGAUGUAAAAUUAUUUAUUUAUUUUGAUAUUUUAAAAGAAUGGACAGUAAUGAUAUAUUUGUAGAAUUUACAGAUGACUUAAACAAUAGAAUAACUGAAACUUUUAAUUCAAUGCAAAGAGUUAAGCCGAAAUCAUUUUUUGUAUCACAGAACUUUGUUGUUUUUGGAGCUACCAGUGGUAGUAUUUAUAUUUUCAAACGUCAUCCUUGUGAGUUUUUUAAAAUCAUUCCCAGUAAGGGAGGUUGUGUCGAUUUAAUAACUAUUUCUGUUGAUGAAAAAUACUUAAGCAUAGCAAACUCCCAUGGACUAAUUUUGAUAUUUAAAAAUUUCAUUGAUUCAAACGUUGAAUGUCAGACAUUUAAUGAACACGAAGGUAACAAUAUUACUUAUAUGAAAUGGAAUAGAAACAAACUAUACACAGGUGAUGAUUCAGGGAAAGUAUCAGUUGCCACAAUCAUUUCCUCGUUGGCCAAGACAAUAUUUCAAGUGCCUUCCGAGUCUGUUAUGAAGCUGGACUCUGCAAUAGUGCAAAUAGAUACUUAUAACAACUAUUUGUUAGUUUCGACGUAUACAAAAACAUAUUUUUGCGACACGGAAAGAGGAUGUUAUAUUCAAUUAGGAAAAAAAUUGAGAAACGGAGCUUAUGGAGCUUGUUUUUUUAUAAAUAACAGAAAUCAUGAUUCUGAGAUUUCCUUACAAGAAGAAUGUAGAAUAUUCUGUGCUAGACCGGGUUUGAGGUUAUGGGAAGCAAACACAGAAGCUCAAGUCAUUAUGACAUAUCAAUUUAAAGAAUCUGUCAAAAAUAAACUCUCUCAUAACAUUAUUAAUAUAGAUCCUGAUAAAAAAAUCCCAGAUAAAUUUAUAGAAAAUAAUGGAAUUCCUGAUGACGUGUCAUUUCAAAAAAUAUUUCCAUUUUGCAGUAAUUGCAUUUUAACUUUUGAUACAUCGGGAAUUUAUAUUUUGAAUUUAACUGAAAAUAAAUUAAUAUUCUGGUUAAAAUUUGCCGAAGGUAUUAAAAAUGUUAUAAUUAUAAAUGAAACUAUUUAUGUUUGGAAAAGCAAUUUAGAAGUAGUGGUAUUUUCUCUGUCAAAUUUGGAAAAUUUGAUACUCAAAAAGUUAUACAUGGAAGAAUAUACUUUUUGUGCAGAAAUAUGUGUAAAAUACUAUGAAAAAUUAAAAGAACUUUUACAGACUUCCCAAGAUUUAUAUUUAUUAGGAGUUCUGAAAAAGAAAAUAUCUGAUAACGUAUUAUUAGAGAAACUUGAGUCUGUUUUUGAAAUCAUUGAUGAGCAAAAUAAAAAGUUUAUAGAGAGAAAUAAAAUCGUAGAGCAUGAAGAACCAAGCAUUGCCCAGAAAGAUUUAAUAGAAAUAGAUAAUACCAAUAAUAAAUUUAGAACACUUCUCAGACAAUAUAAAGUGAACAAAACUCACAAAAAUAUUGAAAUUCCUGAACUAAACAGGGUCUAUCAAGAAACAUCCGCUCCUGACGAUUUAAUUGUCUUAUUUAAAGAUUUUAUUGAAUAUUCUUUAAAGGAAAUUAAUGAAGAUCCAAAUCAGUGGUGUGAUGAUCAAUUUAUGAAUCAAAUACUAAAGAAAAAUGUAGUUGUAGAGAAAUUAUCUGAUACGAGUUUAGAACAUUUGAAAAAUAUUGUUUUUUCUGUUAAUAAAUCAAUAAAGUACUCAUGUAGUUGUGGCUAUCCUUUGCCAAAUUGUCAUAAAUUUACUCCUAAAUAUUAUAAAACUGCUUUGGAUUUACUUGGCCUUAAAAACCACAAAAAACAAGUCUUUCAAGAAGUUCCAUAUAUGUUAAGGUAUCAGAUAAAAUCUGAAAUACACGGUCUAAAUUUAAGUCUAUUAAUACAAUAUAACGAUGAAGUUUUGUUUAAAGAAAACUGUAAGCAAAUAUUGUAUGACAGAUGGUAUGAUGUGCUUGGAUAUUAUGUCAAACUCAGAAAAGGACUGUGUCUGAACUGUGAUAAAGAUAUCAAUAUUGAUGGUUUGAUCAGUUGGAAUGAUAUGGGAAAAAUUGUUUUGCAGUCGUUAGGAGCAACUAGUGCUAUUAGAAUAUUGAGAAAAUUUGAAAAAAAUAUUCCUAAAGGUGCACUAGAUGCUAGAUUUUAUCAGGCAUGUAUUUUUGCAAAUUCGUUUAAAAUAGAAAAUGAAGAUGUUAAAAAAUAUGUCGAAGUUUCAGUUGAAUUGGUUGAGAAUUUGGAAGGUGAAAGUUAUAAUGAGUUUCAGCAUUGUUUAGAGAAAUAUUUUAACAGAAAAUACAACACAUGUGGUGAUCCUUGUACAAAAGUCGAUAAUAAAAGAAAAUGUACUAUGUGUACUCUGCCUUUAAAAAAUGACAUUUUUGAGUGCCAGAGCCCAAAACUGUGUCAGCAUGUCUUCCAUAGUUUUUGUUUGAAAAAUAAUAAUGCAGUGUGCGGCAUAUGUUCAGAUUAAUAUAAGUAAAUUUAUUUUGUAUUGAAAUUUUAACAGAUAGAGAUUUUUAUACGAAAAUAAAUAUUUUAUGGCUU